GGUGUGUUCAGGUUGACCACGCCCCCUCCUGUGUUCACUUCCUGUUUUCUGCACUGAGUCUAUGCUGAAUAUAAUCCAGUUAGCUUGCAGUGAAUAGCUCCAAGGGACAUUGACACGUACAGAACAUUUUAUUUACCUCGUAAUUUCAGCACAUGAUCUCGUCUGAUGAAGGAGGAGGGUACUUUAGAGGUCCUUCAGCCGUUGUCCUCUGGGCCCAGUGCCUUCAUUCCAGCUGAAGUGAUUCUGAAUGAGGCAGCGGGGCAGGAGAUGCUGACAGACACUCUGUUGUCAGUCAGUCAUGCUGAUCAUGUCACUGCAGUAAUGGGGAUUCAUGCCACCUACCUGAACUGCUUCUUGCGCACACAGAAUGCUUUGCUGCAGCCAGAUGGGCCCUUGCCACUGUCAUGGAGACACUAUAUUAUCAUAAUGGCGGCUGCUCGGCAUCAGUGUUCCUACCUGGUGCAGCUGCAUAGCUCUGCAUUUCUUCUGGCCGGCGGUGAUGAGUCCUGGCUCAGAGGUAUUCACUGUGCUCCCCUUAAAGUCCAGCGCCUGCAGACACUCAACAAACUUCUUGCACAUCGGCCGUGGCUCAUCACCCAGGCACACAUACAGGAGCUUGUGUGUCCAGGAGCAGAGCCUCGCUGGUCAUUAGCGGAGCUGAUUCAAGCCGUGGUCGUCAUGAGCCACGCCCACUCUCUGGCCUCCUUUAUCUGGGGCUGUGGCAUUCACCCAGAGCCAGACUGUGCAGUUGAACAGACGUCUCCUCCACCCUCCCCUGCCGGAAACAAGCCCACUCUCACUCCCCAGGUUGGCCGCGGCCAUCGACACGAGUGGACUGAGGCUGUAAAUGAAGUGCAGCUGUUGAUGGAGAAGAUGAUGAUGGUUCAGCAGCAAGAAGAGGAGUUCACUCAGGAGGAGAUGGUUACUCGCUUUGAGAGAGAGAGGACUGAAAGUUUACUGGAACCAGCUGAAGUGGGCCGCUCUGUCCUCCCGGAUUCUGUCUCACGGUUUGUCCAGGAUCCAGAUUUCAUUUAUCAGGACUUCAGUCCAAGAGGAGAGCAGGCACCACCCACCAUGAGAGCUCAGGACUACUCGUGGGAGGACCAUGGCUUCUCUCUGAUGAACCGGCUGUAUGGAGAGAUGGCUCAGUUGCUGGAAGAGAAGUUCCAGGUGGUGUGUGCGCUGACAUAUCGCACCAUGGCCAUGCACACAGAUGUGGACACCUCCACCCUCCGGAAAGCUCUCUGGAACUAUAUACACUGCAUAUAUGGCAUCAGGUAUGAUGAUUAUGACUACGGUGAGGUCAACCAGCUGUUGGAACGUAAUAUGAAGGUGUAUAUCAAGACUGUUGCCUGUCAUCCGGAGAAGACGACAUUUAGAAUGUAUUCCACUUUCUGGAGACAGUUCCGUCAUUCAGAAAAGGUUCAUGUGAAUCUGCUGCUGAUGGAGGCCAGACUGCAGGCAGCUUUGCUUUAUGCACUCAGAGCCAUCACCCGCUACAUGACCUAGCACACGCGUACUAGCAUAAACUCCCCUAUCAGCAAUAACAUGAUAUACAAAAAAUUAAGUGCAAUACUCAGUUUAAUCUCAUGCACUCCUUCAGAAAACCGUGUGACGUUAGAAAAUAUUAGGCACUACCAUAACCUCAGAUUUAGUCUCUUUCACUUGCACACAUUGUGAACUUUAUAGUUUCCUUCAUUUUUGUUCUGCUGCUGCUUGAUCACAGAUGGGAUUGGGAAGCAGUGCUGUCAUGUGUAAAGCUUUUCCCAGUGACCUCUCUUAUCAAACUGUGAAUGUGUGUAACUUUUCUAGUGCAGUAUUCUUUCCACUCUGUGUUUGCAUGUGUCCCUGAGGCACUUAGCAAACUACCUUCAUGCUGCCUGUCUCUCUUUAAUGGUACUUGCUUGCUGGACUCCAGCUAGCCUGAUUGUGGGAAGAAAAAAAGCACAUUUUAUUUGUUCUUUGUGGAAUGUCUGGAAGCGAAUGUAUGUUUAUGUUCAAUAAAAUAUUUUUUUACUGUU